AUGAAUUUCAAUGGAUCCGACCCCGCCCCCGGGCACAACAUCCCCGCCAUCUCUCACGCGGAGAUCGUGUCGGAGAAGAUCGCCUUGUAUAUCAUCGGCAUGUUUUUUGUGCUGGCGGUCGUAUACUUCCUCGUCGACUUUCUCAAAGGGGACAGGCCCCUGCGAAGACUGAACGCAUGGAUGGACCGCUACGAGGUGUGGCUCGAAGAACGUCGUUCAAGAGGCCUUGACGCUCUCGUCGAUAACUUCGUCGACUUCGCCCGUGCUCUACGCGCACCCAUGCCACGCGCUCCACCGCGCGCGCGCACCGUCCGACCUGUCGCGUAUAUGGCCCCGCGUCCGCGUCGUCAAUGA